AUGGAGGUCCUUGCUGAAAGCUACGAGGCCAGCGCUUCUGAUUCGGGUCCGGAUGUUCAGGUCAAGGGCCCAGUGCAAACUGCUUUGAAGUCCAGUCCAAAGGACGCGAAGGCCGUAGACUUCCAAGUGGGAGAGCUGCAGCAAGAGAAACUUCGUUUGAGCUCAGAGGUUGAGAGGCUUCGAAGAAAGCUCAAUAGGUUUGAGGCGGUUGAUCCGCAUGCUGCUGCUGUUGUGACUGAACGGCCGAACCCUCGCUCCUUGCGCACGAGUCUUGAGGAUAUGGAGGUCCUCGCUGAAAGCUACGAGGCCAGCGCCCCGGACUCGGGUGCAGAUGUUCAGGUCAAGGGCCCAGUGCAAACUGCUUUGAAGUCCAGUCCAAAGGACGCGAAGGCCGUAGACUUCCAAGUGGGAGAGCUGCAGCAAGAGAAACUUCGUUUGAGCUCAGAGGUUGAGAGGCUUCGAAGAAAGCUCAAUAGGUUUGAGGCGGUUGAUCCGCAUGCUGCUGCUGUUGUGACUGAACGGCCGAACCCUCGCUCCUUGUGCACGAGUCUGGAGGAUAUGGAGGUCCUUGCUGACAGCUACGAGGCCCCCAAUCAACGGCGAGCAAGCGAAGCUGAAGCGGGUCCUGAGAUUGUUCAGGCUGUAGAGCCCAGGCAAGGAGCGGCAAGCAUAGUCGAGUCUGACCUGGGCAAUGUGCAGGUCAAGGGCCCAGUGCAAACUGCAUUGAAAUCCGACGCGAAGGAGUCCGACCAACGGCGAGCAAGUGACGCUGAUGCCGGUCCUGAGACUGUUCAGGAGCCCAGGCAAGAGGCAGCAAGCAUAAUCGAGUCUGUCCUGGACAGUGUGCAG